AGAAAUAGACAGAAACUGACUCAUUCGCCAGCUGCAAUGGCUGCCACCGGAGUCCUUCCCUUUAUCAGGGGGGUAGACCUCAGUGGAAAUGAUUUUAAAGGAGGUUAUUUUCCAGAACAUGUCAAGUCGAUGACCAGCCUCCGAUGGCUGAAACUCAACAGGACUGGGCUCUGCUAUCUUCCAGAGGAACUGGCCUCCCUCCAGAAACUGGAGCACUUGUCAGUAAGCCACAACAGCCUGACAACAUUACAUGGGGAACUGUCCAGUCUUCCGUGCCUCAGGGCUAUUGUUGCCCGAGCGAACAACUUAAAGAACUCCGGUGUCCCAGAUGACAUUUUUCAGCUGGAUGACCUCUCAGUGCUGGAUCUGAGCUACAACCAGCUGACUGAAAUUCCCAGAGACUUAGAGAACUCCAGGAACAUGCUGGUUCUCAACCUCAGUCAUAACAGUGUUGAUAACAUACCCAAUCAGCUGUUCAUUAACCUGACGGACUUGCUGUACCUGGAUUUGAGCGACAAUAAGCUGGACAGCCUACCGCCUCAGAUGAGACGUCUGGUCCACCUACAGACCCUGAUACUCAAUAACAACCCCCUCAUGCACGCACAGUUAAGACAGCUUCCUGCUAUGGUGGCCCUCCAAACUCUACAUCUGAGAAACACACAGCGCACCCAAAGCAACAUGCCAACAAGCAUGGAGGGUCUCACUAAUCUGGCAGAUGUGGACCUCUCGUGUAAUGAUUUGACCAGAGUGCCAGAGUGCCUUUAUACUCUGUCCAACCUGAAGCGCCUCAACCUGAGCGGCAACCAGAUCUCAGAGCUGUCGCUCUGUAUCGAUCAGUGGACGCAGAUGGAGACGCUCAACCUCUCCAGGAACCAGCUGACGUCACUUCCUUCUGCCAUCUGCAAGUUAGGUAAGCUGAAAAAGCUGUAUCUGAACUCAAACAAGCUGGACUUUGACGGUAUCCCCUCCGGGGUUGGGAAGCUGGCCAGUCUGGUGGAGUUCAUGGCAGCCAAUAACAACUUGGAGCUCAUUCCUGAAGGCCUGUGCAGGUGUGGGAAGCUAAAGAAGCUGGUCUUGAAUAAGAAUCGCCUUGUAACGCUGCCAGAAGCAAUCCAUUUCCUCACAGAUCUCGAGGUCCUGGAUGUUCGGGAAAACCCAAACUUAGUGAUGCCCCCCAAACCCGUGGACAGGACGGCAGAGUGGUACAACAUUGACUUUUCUCUGCAGAACCAGCUCCGAUUGGCUGGAGCAUCCCCGGCCACCGUAGCUGCAGCGGGCGGAGGAAACAGCCCACGAGACCCACUGGCCAGAAAGAUGAGACUGAGACGGCGUAAGGAUUCUUCCCAGGAUGACCAGGCCAAGCAGGUGCUGAAGGGCAUGACAGAUGUGGCCCAGGAGAAAAAUAAAUCCAUUGAGGAGAAUGGGGACCUAAAGUAUGGGGACCUGAAGGCUCGACGCUGGGAUAAGAACCUUGAGAAACCCCAGCUGGAUUACUCAGAGUUCUUCCAGGAGGACGUGGGCCAUAUCCCAGGUGUCACCGUGUGGCAGAUUGAGAACUUUGUGCCCAUGCAGGUGGAUGAAGCCUUCCAUGGGAAGUUCUAUGAGGCCGACUGCUACAUCAUACUAAAGACGUUCCUGGAUGAAAACGGCGCCCUCAACUGGCAGAUCUUCUACUGGAUCGGCCAGGAGGCCACACUGGACAAGAAGGCCGGCUCGGCCAUCCACGCGGUCAACCUGCGCAACUACCUAGGGGCAGAGUGCAGGACCAUCCGUGAGGAGAUGGGGGAGGAGAGUGAGGAGUUCAGUGCGGUAUUUGAUAACGAAAUCUCCUACAUCGAGGGAGGAACUGCCAGUGGGUUUUACACAGUGGAGGAUACGCAAUAUGUGACCAGGCUUUACCGAGUGUAUGGUAAGAAGAACAUUCGGCUGGAGUCUGUCCCCCUAAAGGCUGCUUCCCUGGACCCACGUUUUGUCUUCUUGCUGGACGCCGGAUUGGAGAUUUUCGUGUGGAGAGGAGCAAAUGCUACAUUGAGCGGCACCACUAAAGCCAGGUUGUUUGCUGAGAAGAUCAAUAAGAAUGAGAGGAAGGGCAAAGCUGAGAUCACCUCACUGGUCCAGAAUCAGGAGCCUCCGGAAGUCUGGGAAAUGCUCGGGGGUCAGCCUGAUGAAAUCAAGAAGCACGUCCCAGACGACUUUGCUCCGGUGCGACCCAAACUCUACAAGGUGGGCCUGGGCCUGGGCUACCUGGAGCUCCCUCAGAUUAACUACAAGCUGUCAGUGGAACACAAGGAGAAACUGAAGCUGGACGUUCUCCCAGAGCUGAGGCUGCUCCAGAGCCUGCUGGACACCAAGGGGGUGUACAUCCUGGACUGCUGGUCGGACGUGUUCAUCUGGAUCGGACGCAAGUCUCCCCGGCUGGUCAGGGCCGCGGCGCUCAAGCUGGGCCAGGAAAUGUGCAGCAUGCUGCACCGGCCCAAACACGCCGUGGUCAUCCGAAACCUGGAGGGCACCGAGUGCCAGGUGUUUAAAUCCAAGUUCAAGAACUGGGACGACGUGCUGAAGGUGGACUACACCCGGAACGCGGAGACGGUGCUGAAAGACGAGGGGCUGGCAGGAAAGGUGAAGAAGGACACGGAGCAGAAGGACCAGAUGAAGGCCGAUCUGACAGCCCUGUUCCUCCCGAGGCAGCCUCCCAUGCCCCUCACAGAGGCAGAGCAGAUGAUGGAGGAGUGGAACGAGGACCUGGACGGGAUGGAGGGCUUCGUUUUGGAGGGGAAGAAGUUUGCCCGUUUGCCUGAAGAGGAGUUUGGCCAUUUCCACACGCAGGACUGCUAUGUUUUCCUCUGCAGAUACUGGGUACCAGUGGAGUAUGAAGAAGAUGAGAAGAACAAGGAGAAGGGGGACGAAGAGGGCGAGGAUGAGGACAAGGGACCGGAGGAGGACUUCCAGUGUGUGGUGUACUUCUGGCAGGGCCGUGAGGCCUCCAACAUGGGCUGGCUCACCUUCACCUUUAGCCUGCAGAAGAAGUUUGAGAGCCUCUUCCCAGGCAAACUCGAGGUGGUGCGCAUGACGCAGCAGCAGGAGAACCUGAAGUUUCUGUCCCACUUCAAGAGGAAAUUCAUCAUUCACAAGGGGAAGAGGAAGCAUAAGGAGAACAGUGUGCAGCCUAGCCUGUACCACAUCAGGACUAACGGUAGUGCCCUCUGUACCAGGACAAUCCAGAUUCCCACAGACUCCAGCAACCUCAACUCUGAGUUCUGCUUCAUAUUAAAGGUACCGUUUGAGAGCACAGACAACCAGGGCAUAGUGUACACAUGGGUGGGCCGGGCAGCAGACCCAGAUGAGGCUAAGCUGGCAGAGGACAUCAUGAACUCGAUGUUUGAUGACACAUACAGCAAACAGGUGAUCAAUGAGGGAGAGGAGCCUGAGAACUUCUUCUGGGUUGGGAUUGGUUCUCAGAAGCCCUACGAUGAGGAUGCAGAAUACAUGAAAUUUGCCAGGCUGUUCAGGUGCUCCAAUGAGAAGGGGUAUUUCUCUGUGUCGGAGAAGUGUUCCGAUUUCUGCCAGGAUGACCUUGCUGAUGACGACAUCAUGCUCCUGGAUAAUGGGAAAGAGGUGUACAUGUGGGUGGGCACUCAGACCAGCCAGGUGGAGAUCAAACUGAGCUUGAAAGCUUGUCAGGUGUACAUCCAGCACAUGAGGUCUAAGGAGGCAGAGCAACCCAGGAAGCUGCGGCUGGUGCGCAAGGGCAACGAGCCCCACUGCUUCACCCGCUGCUUCCACGCCUGGAGCGCCUUCAAGAAGCCGCCCGCGUAGAGAGUGGCGGCCGAGCGCACGCAGCACCUCCCGGCUCCGCCAGGGCACCGCAUCACAGCACCGCGCACGCACAGCUUCACCUUCACAGCGUCUAUACACACCUGCUGCUUUCCCGGGUCUUCUGAAUGUGAGGUCAUAACUGGCUGAGGAUUUUAAGAAUCAUGGAUUUCAAAUGAGUUUAACAGAGCUUUCGAGAUUACAUUUAAAUGUACAGACGUUUAUAAAGGGCUAUACUCGCAAAGAAAAACCCACUUACUUUUCGAGAACAUAUUGGUUAAAGAAACUGAUUAUUUUUUAAAUAAGACAUAAAUUAAAAAAGGAAUUAUGAGGACACUGAGAAUUCUAGUUACUUCAGCUAAUUAAGUACAUUCGUUUUCAUUUCUUUUUCCUUUAAAGUACUAGGGGGAGCUAACCUAAGGGCCACAGUUUUUGUUUUAUAUAUAGAGAUUUAUCAGGAAACCAUUGUACUUGGCAUGUACUUGGUGUAUUUGUCCUUCUAGACCCCUUCACCUCAGUAUCUACUGUAACUGCAGAUUGUUGAUAUUCUUAAGGUGUCUGAUUUAUGAAUGGCUCUACAGCUGCAAUAGAAAUGACUAAAACGCACAGCAUUUAGAGUAUGAAUUUCCAUAGACCGUUUCAAUGGGAAAUUGCUGUGUCCAUACCCGUGUCCAUUGGCAAUCCACGUGCUGAUGGCAAUUGCUUAUGGCUGUCUUCUAAAAUUACUCCAGCUCUGGGUGUCAUUGAUAUUUAACAAAAUAAAUGUGCCAACAAUAUUCUGAUGGUUCAGCUGUACCUAAACCGACUAAGAAUUUAACGAGAUUUUAGUUGCUUUAAUUGCCAUUUACGUGUUUAUAAUGUUGCCAGUUUCUAUAAUUGGGGCUUCUGUUGUAGAAUAUAGGAUGUUGCGGUGGUAGCCAAGUACCUUCUCAGCACAGUGUUGUUGGGUGUGUUUACCAUGGGCAGUUAAUGCACUAAAGGAGAAUGUAGGACAAAAGAAUGGAGAAAAUUCUUCACAAAAAAUGGUCUUUUGUUCCACAGACCACUGUUCCACUGGGCCGUGCUGUCCAAGUAGAUUCACAGUUAUGUGGUUUUAGGUCAUGGUUAUAUCGAUGUGCAUUUAAAAUGGGAGGGGAUAUAAACUGUAAUUACGCAAACCCUAUACACGGUUGUUCUGGCUUAUGUUUUACAUAUCACAGGUCCUGUACCUUCAUGCUUGGAGUGGCAGGAAAGGGUAGGUUGGAAGUGUUUACAUCCAUCAGUUGCCAGACCUGCAUUCUCUUGUUAGCCCUCGUGCUUUUAUUUUGUUUUCUUGUCUGUGUGUCGAGGUUUAGUCCUACUAGUUGCCACAUGUCUUUAUAUGUUUAUGUAUACAGAUAUAUUCCAUGUUUCAGAAUACACCUCACUUUGAUUUUGAGUUAUGUCCUGUACGUCUGCAAGACGGUUGCUCAGAGUGGAAUCUUGGUUUUUGAGGUCAGAAACUACUGUAUUUAUGGAUUUUGUACUCCAAUAAAAUUUCACAU